AUGGCCCCCGAGAUGGACCAGUUCUACAGGUCCACCAUGGCCAUCUACAAGAGCAUCAUGGAGCAGUUUAACCCCGCCCUGGAGAAUCUUGUGUACCUGGGGAACAACUACCUCCGGGCCUUCCACGCUCUGUCUGAGGCAGCUGAGGUAUACUUCAACGCCAUCCAGAAGAUUGGUGAGCAGGCCCUGCAGAGUUCCACCUCGCAGAUUCUGGGGGAGAUCUUGGUGCAGAUGUCGGACACCCAGCGGCACUUGAACUCUGACCUGGAGGUGGUGGUGCAGACAUUCCAUGGAGACCUGCUACAGCACAUGGAGAAGAACACCAAGCUGGACAUGCAGUUCAUUAAAGACAGCCGCCAGCACUAUGAGAUCGAGUACCGCCAACGAGCCGCCAACCUGGAGAAGUGCAUGUCCGAGUUGUGGCGUAUGGAGCGCAAGAGGGACAAGAAUGCGCGGGAGAUGAAGGAGAGUGUGAACCGGCUACAUGCACAGAUGCAGGCCUUCGUGUCUGAGAGUCAGAGGGCAGCUGAACUGGAAGAGAAGCGACGCUAUCGCUUCCUGGCAGAGAAGCACCUGCUGCUUUCCAACACCUUCCUGCAGUUCUUCAGCCGGGCCCGGGGGAUGCUGCAGACCCGCGUGCUGCUGUGGAAGGAGCAGUCGGAGGCCAGCCGCAGCCCGUCGCGCGCCCACUCCCCGGGCCUGCUGGGCCCCGUGCUGGGGCCGCCCUACCCCUCGGGCCGCCUGACGCCCACCCGCCUGGACAUGCGGAGGAGUGGCUGGUUCCCCGAGGCCUAUGUGAAACCUUUGGAGGAAGUGCCCAUGAACCCGUUCAACCCCAUGACCUCCAUGAACCCCAUGAACCCUAUGAACGAGCUACCUUCCAGGUCCUACCCACUCCGGGGCAGCCACAGCCUUGAUGACCUCCUGGACCGGCCAGGCAACUCCACAAUGUCCUCGGAGUACUGGGACGGCCAGCCCCGCUCCCGUACCCCGAGUCGGGUCCCGAGCCGCGCCCCCAGCCCUGCACCUACACCCUUGUCUGGCAGCCGUCGAAGCAGCAUGGGCAGUAUGGGGGUGGCCAGUGAUGUCAAGAAACUUAUGUCCUGGGAGCAGCAUCCCCCAGAGCUCUUCCCACGGGGCACGAAUCCCUUUGCCACUGUAAAGCUGCGUCCCACCGUCACCAACGACCGCUCAGCACCCCUCAUCCGCUGAGGCCCCUUCCUCCACCAGGGGUCUGAGGUCGUACCCCCGUACGCCUGCCCAGGGGCUGUUCAGAGCCGGCGGUGGCAGCAGCAGCAGCAGGUCCAAGAGUUUGGGGCCCUGCUGGCAGGGUGGCUGCCCUUCCCCAGACCGCCCCGCAGCCUGAGCAUCUCCAAGGGCACUGGUCUGGGGUCUGGGGCCUUCCAAGUAAAGCAGGCAGAACUGGGGGACAGAACCAUUUCUUCCCUUCCAGGGCCCAGGACUCUCCCUGGGGGGGCCUACUUCUUGCCCCCCAACCUCUUUCCCCCUUCUCCACCCCAGUGGGGAGGAGCCCCUUGUACCACCCAUCCUCCCCCACCCCAUUUAACUUUUGUAAACGAUAAGAAAUAAAGGACGUGGACACAGAAGUAGGAA